AUGUGGGGCUCAGUGUUGGCGGUUGCUAUAACCGCAAUUAUUGGCACGGCGACGGGUGGUAUGAAAGCGGUGGUGUGGACCAAUGUCUUUCAGUUCUUGGUCGUCUUUACUGGGAUAUUCAGUAUUAUUGUGCAGAGUGCGAUAGAAGUUGGUAGUGUGAAGUCUGUCUUUGAUAUAGCUUACGAAGGAAUGCGGCUGCGAUAUCCGUACACGAGCCCUAACCCCACUGUACGCCACUCCUACUGGACAUUGAUAAUAGGAUCGACCAUUUCUCUCAUAUAUCUCCUACCCACCCAGACAACUAUUCAAAGGAUCUGCUCAGUCCCGACCCAAAGAGAUGCCAGGAAAAUGGUAAUAAUUUCAGCUGUAACGACUGUUGUUAGCUUCUUGCUCUCCUGUAGUGUAGGCAUUUUCGCCUACUCUUACUUCUAUAAAAUCAUGUGUGACCCCUUAAAGUCUGAAGCUGUCGACAAUCCAAACCAGAUCCUUCCUUAUUUGGUGGUGGUCCUUUUCCGUGACAUGCCGGGGAUGGCCGGGGUAUUUGUCGCCGCCGUCUUCAGUGCCUCAUUAAAUGCCAUCACGUCAUUACUGAGCAGUCUUUCAGCACAAACAGUAGUGGACAUCGUUCGACCACUGGUCAAGGACAUCUCGGAGGCCAAAGCCACGCUCAUAGCUAAACUUUGUGUACCAGUUUACGGAGUUAUAGGAAUAGGGAUUUCCUUCAUGACUGCAGAAAUAGAAGGCCCAUUAUCAGAGAUCGCCUACAGCAUGUUGUCCACUUUCGGUGGAGCGUCAGCCGGUAUGUUCUUCUUUGCGGCAUACUGUCCUUGGGCCAACAGUAAGGGAGUUAUCACAGGAGGGCUAACAGGUAUGGGACUUGUAAUGUGGCUGGCUCUAGGACAGAGUUUUUCACCCACCCGUAUUAGAGCACAAACGUUACCGCCCGUCUCUACAGAUUUGUGCUGGAAUAAUCACGUCAACCAGAGUCAGUUAGGAGGGAACAUCACAACACAUAGCUCAGCUUCCGCCGUCUUUAUCGGAGAUCGAGAAAACAAUGAAGGAAUAGACGUGCUGUACUCAAUAUCAUACUAUUGGUUGAUCCCUAUAUGUAUGUUGACUACAGUCAUUGUGGGCUCCGUGGUGUCUGUCCUAACAGGACGACCAGACCCUGUUGAUGUUGACGUCCGUUACAUCAUCCCAUUCUUUGACCACUGCUUUCCUUGUCUUCCUCGGGCAGUUCGCGCAUUUCUGUACGGGGGAGUAAAUUUUGAAGAGAGAAAAACAUGGUUGAAAAGUCUGGAUGUGAAAGAGGUACAAAAUGAAGAAAUUACCAGUAACAGCACCACAAAUUUAUCCCGUCAACACGUCAACAACAUAAGCAUAUCCUCAAACACUCGCACGACAGAUAACCGGCUCCAGCACUACAACUGUGCUCACGGCACAACGGAACAACAACUCCAGCACAGCAGAUGUUCACACGACACAACGGAACAACAGCUCCAGCAAAACAGAUGUGCACACGACACAACGGAAUCAAAUGUCCAGCACGACAAAACUUCACAACUGACGUCGGAACAAAUCAGUGACAAUUUAUCAACGAGAAUUAGAAAGCAACUCCUUAUUGAUAACACGCUAAAGAGUGCAAAAAGGGAUCGACAAAACCACCAUACUGACACGGAAAUGGAACAGAACAGUGACAAACAGAUUACCUGCUCGACUGAUCUUUAG